UUCAAGCGAGCAGAUCGCCUUGACUUGAUAAAACAAUCACGUUCAACAUAUUGCAUUGGAUUAUAACCUGAGGGUGCCUCACACAAUUGCAAACAGUGAUAUUGACACAAACUUUCACGACAUUGGCGUUCAACUUUAUCUCGAACAAAAGGAGUAAUCGGGUUCCGAUUAAACAUUUAUCAUGGAGUAUUGGACAAUAGUCUUAUCAAUAAUAGCCGUCAUACUUGCUAUUUAUUAUUAUUCAUCCCGUAAAAAUUCGAAUGUGUUUCAGCAGCACGGAAUUCCACAUGUAAAAGACUAUUUCUUGUUAGAAAGGAUUUGGAAACUUUUUGUUCGACCAAAAAGUUUCGCCGAUAUGAUUAAAGAAAUGUACAAUGUGCAUUCCGAUGCUAAGUAUAUUGGUGCUUUCGAUUUUACGAGAUCGAUCGUAGUAAUUCGUGAUCUUGAACUGAUUAAAUCUGUCGCUAUUAAAAAUUUCGACGCGUUUCCGGAUCAUCUUUUCUUUGGCAACGAAACUCAAGAUCCGCUUUUUGGAACAAAUUUGAUUGCUCUUCGCGGUGACAAAUGGCGCGACAUUAGAUCGCUUCUGAGUCCUGCUUUUACAGCUAGUAAAAUGAAGACAAUGUUUCAAUUGAUAUCUGAAUGCGCUGUGAACUUUUCGGAGUACUUAUUGAAUGUACCGUCAGAUAAACGCGUUAUGGAAAUGAAAGAUAUAUUCACAAGAUACUCUAACGACGUGAUCGCCUCAUGCGCCUUUGGUAUUGACGUGGAUUCGAUGAGAAACCCAGAAAAUGAUUUUUACAUUUUCGGCAAAAAAGCGACAAAUUUUGGCAUGUUUGCUCUUAUGAAAAUUAUGAUGUAUCAACAUAUGCCGUCGCUUAUACGUCUGUUAAAUAUUAAAUUAAUAGAUGAUCGUACUAAUGCAUUCUUUGUAAAUCUGGUAGCUGACACUAUAAGAAUAAGAGAAGAGAAAGGUAUUACUCGUCCAGACGUAAUCCAAUUGUUGAUGGAUAGCAGAAGUAAAAGAGAACCCGGGAGAGAACUGACCAUUUUGAAUAUAACAUCACAGGCAUUCAUUUUUUUUGUUGCUGGCUUUGACAGUAGCUCGACACUGAUGAGUUUCGUGGCACACGAAAUUGCCGUCAAUCCAGAUAUUCAAGAGAAACUGCAAAAUGAGAUCGACAAAAUUUUAGAAGAUACGAAUGGUAAACCAUCUUAUGAGGCGAUCAAUGGAAUGAAAUAUCUAAAUGCCGUUAUUAAUGAGGCUCUCAGAAAGUAUCCGGUACAACCAAUGACGGACAGAAUAUGCGUUAAAGAUUUUGAGUUGCCUCCUACACUGCCAAAUGCAAAGCCAUGUCUUGUAAAGGAAGGAAUGACACUCUUUAUCCCAAUUUAUGCGCUUCAACACGACCCUAAAUACUUUCCGGAACCUGAUAAAUUCAAACCUGAGAGAUUCUUCGAUGAAGAAGACCAGUGUAAUUUUAAUGCUUAUUAUCCAUUUGGAUUAGGUCCGAGAAUGUGCAUCGGCAAUAGAUUCGCGUUGCUCGAGACAAGAAUUAUGUUAUUUCAUCUUCUGGCUCGUUGUCAGUUAAAGCCGUGCGAGAAAACUUCGACAUCUGUAAAAUUUCAGAAAGGUGGAUUUUCAAUGCGGAUGGAAGGCGGUUUCUGGUUGAGCAUUGUACCUAGAGAAAACGCGCAUCCUACGGUUAUGGAAGCAAACCAGUCAUGUCAGUUCCAAAUUCCAAAAUAUGUACAUAUAUAUACUAUCAAUAUGAUAUAUAUAAUUGCAUUGUCGGUGAUAGCAGGUGCUUUAGGCCUUUAUUAUUUUCUCUUCAAAGAUUUAAAUUAUUUCAAAAAAUAUGGCAUACCAUAUAAGACACCUCUGCCGAUAUUGGGAAAUAUGGGACCAACGUUUUUGCGUCUUCAGUCGUUAGCCGAAUUGGUCAAGACCACUUAUAACUUACAUCCUGAAGCCAAGUAUGUUGGUAUGUUUGAUAUGACCGUUCCAGUUGUGGUGAUUCGUGAUCCCGAGCUUAUUAAAUCCGUCACGUUGAAACACUUCGAUAAUUUCAUGGAUCAUCGCAGUUUUAUAGAUGAAAAUCAAGAUCCACUAUUCGGCAAAAAUCUUUUCGCCCUUCGCGGAGAAAAAUGGCGACAGGUACGAUCUUCAUUGAGUCCAGCCUUCACAUCCAGCAAAAUGAAAUACAUGUUUAAGUUAAUGUCGGACUGUGGUGUCAAUUUCGGUAAUUAUUUGGCGCAAUUGCCACCGGAGCAGAGAAUACUGCAGAUGAAAGACAUCUUUACGAAAUAUACUAACGACGUGAUUGCUACUUGUGCUUUUGGUGUCAGUGUUGAUUCCAUGAGAAACUCGGAAAACGAAUUCUAUGUAUACGGCAAAGAAGCGACAUCUUUUAACACUACUGCUUUCAUAAAGUUUUACAUAUUUAGAACCUUGCCUUGGUUGGCACGAUUAAUCAACUUGAAAAUCAUUCGUCAAAAAAUAACAGAUUUUUUCCGAGACCUUAUAGAAACUACUAUAAAAACCAGGGAUGAGAAUGGUAUCGUCCGUCCUGAUAUGUUGCAAUUGAUGAUGGAAACCCGAAGUAAAGAGGGCAAAGCAGAAUUCACUACCGAUGAUAUGGUAGCACAGGCAUUUAUCUUUUUCUUUGCUGGCUUCGAUAGUACUUCAACGUUAAUGAGUUUUGCCGCUCAUGAACUCGCAAUAAACCAAGAUAUACAAGAAAAAGUUCAAAAGGAAAUCGACCAAGUUUUGGAAGAAACGAAUGGACAAGCACCUUACGAAGCGAUUAAUGGCAUGGAAUAUUUAGAUGCUGUGAUUAACGAAGCUCUCAGGAUGUAUCCGGUUGCUGUAGCAAUGGACAGAGUAUGUGCAAAAGAUUUUGAGCUGCCGCCAGCAUUACCAGGAUUGAAACCAUUGGUUAUAAAGAAAGGGCAAAGCAUAUGGAUACCGGCUUAUGGACUUCAACAUGACCCUAAUUACUUUAAGGAUCCGGAGAAAUUUGAUCCCGAACGAUUUUUUGGUGAACAGAAGAAGGACAGUCUCAAUUGCGGAGCCUACGUUCCUUUUGGUCUUGGUCCCAGGAUGUGCAUAGGUAACAGAUUCGCAUUAUUGGAGACAAAGGUUAUACUUUUUCAACUACUGGCCCGUUGCGAUUUGAAAACCUGCGAGAAGACGCCAAUACCAAUCAAACUCGCUAAAGACAGCUUCAAUAUGAAACCUGAAGGUGGUUUCUGGCUGAAGGUGUUACCAAGAAAAAAUACGCAUCACACUCUAGCAACUAAUCUCGUAAAUGGAACACACUAAAUAUAAAAUGAAAACAAUGAAAACUCAAAUGAACACGGUACAGGACGUUUCUUUCUGUACGGCAAGAAGACGAUAAUGUUGCUGCAAAUUCAAGAAAUAAUCUGCGGUAUAUUAAACGUAUUAAUCAUAUUAUGUAAGUUUCUUAGAAAACGGCAAAAGAGAAAACAGCAUGAAAAAGAUUAAUGG